GUCAAUUCUUAGUAGAUUUUUGUCACUAUGUUUGAUUUCUGGUUGAGUUUAUUGUGAUUAAUUGUUAAAAUUGAGUUUAUCGUUUCCUGAUUUGUUAGUACUUAUGACUUGUCACUUUGUUUGUUUUUUGACAGGAAUUACGAGACAUAUGUUUGUAAUUUGAACCAAACUCGUACGGGAAGGAUAAAACCUACAGAAUACAUCGAAUGGCUACAGAAACAACUUGAAGGCACUCCCAUGACAGAUUUUCGUAGGAUGGCAAUUGGUCCUACCUUCGCUACAGUUUCGUACAACUCAUAUUUUAUUAAUGGCUAUCUUUUUUACACAGCCGAUGCAGAAAAAAAUUUAACUACACAAAAUAGUGGAGUCACCAUGGAUGCUUGCACUAGCUUCAGAGCAAGUUCCAAAGAUACUAACUUGGUCGAUGACGAUACUACGUACUACGGCAUUCUACAACUAAUACUUGAACUGGAUUAUGGAGUUUUCUCUGAAAUUAUUUUUUUAUGUGAUUGGGUGCGAGUCGAAGACAAAGUACAUGGAUCAUAUGUGGAUGCAGAUACAAAGUUGAGGUUUGUCAACUUCAGAAAGUUAAUGAGAAACUCAAAAGAAGUUGACGAGCCAUUCAUCCAUGCUUCUCAAGCUAGACAAGUUUUUUACUGCAGAGAUGUGACAAGGGAACAUUGGAAUUUGGUUUUGGAAUCUCCAAUAAGAUCAGAUCCCAAUAAGAAUGCUUUGGAAGAUCCAUUUUUCUUCACUGCAAAUGCGAAUGAAGCUCCCUCAAUUUUGACAACUGUUGGAGAUGGUGAGUAUUGGAAUGGUGAAGCUCAGGGCACGAGAAAUAGGGAUACACGUGAAUGAACUUGCCCGACACCUUAUAAUUCCACUGGUGGAAAUCAUGUAGAUCCACCUGCGCAUAUGAAUUUGUUGAUUUGCUAUGCUCUACUUGAUAUCAUUCAUGAAGCAUUGGCUAAGUUCAUCGUCAUCGGAGGACCUGAACCUGUCGUUUUAUUGUUUAACAUUUUCUUGGUAGCACUAGCUAGCUACCUUGGACAUGUAUUGUUCUGAAUCAGAAUUUCAUCAUUUUUGUGUAAUUGUAAACCCAAUGGAAAUGAAUGAAUGAAUGAAUGUGGAAUUCUCA